AGCUUGCUGGACUUUUGCCAUUACGUAAAUAACGUGCGUAGUCAACAACGGGCGUGGCUUCCUGAUGCUUUUUUUUUUUUUUUGCAGCUCAAUGCGGAAGAAAAACAGGAAGCUCAAAAUUCCUGAUAAACUUAAUCGGACUAGAGGCAAGUUUCUACGGAUUUCCUGUGAGUCCUGAAGUGUCAGAUCAAAAAACAUGUGGCCAAAUCAAGGUCCUCCCCCUCCAGUGGGUCCACCAAACCCUGCCUUCCCACCUGGCUACAACCCUGCAUAUCCUGCUGUGCCUCCAUCAGGGAUCUUCCCCCAACCUCCACAUCCAGCGUACCCGGCUGGGGGGUACCCAGCUGGGGGUUACCCGGCUGGCAUGAACCCAGCCAUGGUACCAAAUGCUCCUCCAGGGGCGAUGCCUUACAGACCUCCAGGACCUCAUGCUUAUCCUAUGGCUCCAGGUGGAUAUCCAGCAGUCCCUCCUGCAGGUGUUUUCCCAGGUCCAUACCCGCACUCCCCAAAGGGCCAUAAAGGCCACAAAGGUCACAAAAAAGAUCACCACAAAGGUCAUUAUCCAGGAGGGUUAAAUCCCAUGGCUGGAGCAUGUGCUGGAGGAUUGGCUGGAAUGGGAGUGGGGUUGGUCGGACAUAAAGCCCACAAAAAGAUGAAGAAGAUGAAGAAGUUGAAGAAAGCACAUAAGGUGCACAAACACGGGAAGUCCUCCAGCAGCAGCAGCAGUAGCAGCAGCAGCAGUAGCAGUGACGAAGAAUGAGGUGACCAGUUCAAGACGAGGCUUUCACUGAAAUGUUGCUUUGCAAAAGGGCAACCUGACUUAAAAAAUAAACACACUAAGGUCAUACUUAUCACUUUUAACAGGAUGUAAAAAUGAAAAAUACAGAGUAUUAUUGUAUCUUGCAUGUGCAAUUGAUACUAAAAAAUGCAUUUUAACUGUACAUGUGAACAUAUUCACAGCAUUUGUCUGUAUUUGCAUUCCGUUAUGUGUUGAAUUUCUUUUUUUUAAUUUUGGUUUGUUUGUUUUUGUUGUUUAUGACAAACGUUCCAUAGUUACAGUUUCUGUUCAACAGUGUAAUACAGUACAAACUAAUAUACUAGUGUACAAACAUGGACAUAAUUUGAAGAGGGACUGCAAUGAUUUAAAAAAAAGUAGAUUAAACACUGCAAUUUGGUGAAUGAACAUAUGUAAAUUAUAUGUUAUUUUCUUUUCUGGGAAGGUGGAGAAUGAUGGCUUAUGAAUGUCUUUAUUUAAGACUAUUCAUUUUUUUCUUGUAAUUUUAUAUUUACUACUACAAAAGACAGAAAGGGGCAGAAAAUGUUUUUUCUGCAUAGCUAUACUAAUCAUAAUUAUAUUUAAAGACUCUUCAAUUAAUCCUGCUCAAUAAAUAUAUUUAAAUGAAAACUCUUUUUUUGUUAACAAAAUGACCUUGUACAAAACAUUAAGUAAACAAUAAAAGCACAUGUGAAAGA